ACCAAUCAGUGUCAGCGCAGGAACUUCAGAGUGGAACUGCAGGGUUUGGAUUUCAGAGUUGGGAGAGCGAUUUUGGCACUGACACAAAGAGGACGGUCAUCUGUCUUCCCCCCCUUAAACGCAAUCCCUGCUUUUUUACAUGCCUGUCCGUUUAUACCCUCUUCUGAGAAACAAUACGCGACAGGCUGCGGGAUGUACACGGCCGGGCUCAACCCGUUUUACGCGUCAAAUUUUAGCCUCUGGUCCGCGUACUGCGCGGGGGGCUUCGCUGUGGAUACCAUGAAGAAACCCUCGUUUUGCAUCGCUGACAUUUUGCAGGCUGGAGAUGCGGAGAACAUACCGGGGUCGUCGGCCCUCGUGGUGCACAUGGGACACCACCAGCACCACCACCAGCGCGCGCAGCACGGCCACUCCGGCAGCUCGCCGCUGCGCCCUGCUCCCGUCGCGCCGGAGCCGUCCGUGUACGGCGCGAGGGUGAGUCCGGCGUCUCCAUACCACAGACACGGACUACAGCUCACAUCAGUCUCCAGGACUGCAUUUAACUCCCAACAAGCUCCCCCGCCUUCAAGCAAAGACCUCAAAUUUGGAAUUGAUCGGAUAUUGUCGACGGACUUUGAUCCAAAAGGCAAAGAAAAGUCGUCGUUAAGAGAUCUCACAUCCAUCGUUAGCUCGAACCAUCAGUCAGGGAUCCACGUCCCCAUUCAGCCUCCGGCCAGCCAGUACUUCUCCUCCAUAGACCCCGGGAUGAGCGACGCGUCCUCCAUGAUGAGUUCACUAGGCAGCAGCAGCAGCAACAGGCAUUCAGGCCAGCAUCAGUUUCAGGACACCUUCCCAGGUCCGUACGCUGUCCUCACCAAAGACACAAUGCCACAGACGUACAAGAGGAAGAGGUCGUGGUCGAGGGCAGUGUUUUCAAACCUGCAGAGGAAAGGACUGGAGAAGAGAUUUGAAAUACAGAAAUAUGUCACCAAGCCAGACAGAAAACAGCUGGCCGCGAUGCUCGGGCUGACAGACGCUCAGGUGAAGGUUUGGUUCCAAAACAGACGCAUGAAGUGGAGACACUCCAAAGAAGCGCAGGCCCAGAAGGACAAGGAGAAAGAGCAGCCGGACAAGAGCGCGUCAGAGCCGGGCAGCAGGGAGCCCAAAGAGCCGGCGGAGGAGUCUGAGUGUGAGAGCGAGGGACGGAGCGAGUGUGAAUCCGACGACGAGGCUCCGGAGGAAAACUCUGACGGACAUUUGGACAUUUCCGAGCCAACAAACAAAACCAGCGUGAUCAUGAGUGGCAGCGGGCCGGCAAGCAACGCGGAGGCGGCGGCCGCACUCACAGACACGGAGGCCUCUCAGAUACUCAUAUGAAAGCAGCUUAUGAACGACAAGGGUUUUUUUUUUUUUUUUUUUAAAUUU